CACUCCAGGAAAUAGAAUGCAAAAGACUGAUGCGUUGUUGAUGGAUGACUGGAACUCUUUCUUUCUCCAUCAUCAGCCAUCACAAAGACACACACCACCACCACGCAUCUCUUUCGUCUACAGCACCAACAAUCGCAGCAGCAAAACCUCUUUGCAACCAAAAUACGUGGAUUUGGAGCCACCUAAGAUCACAACUAUAACCAAACUGAAAGAGCUCUACCGUGCCUCCCUUUCCCCUCUUUAAUCCUGCUAAGCCAAUACUAUAUCUGAACAAUGAAGUUCCUUACCAACACCGUUGCUGCCCUGGCCCUUGUGGGUUCGGUCUCUGCCUUCUCCACAUCUGCUCCCCGCUCUUCGACCACUGCCAUGAAGGCCGCCACUAUGGAUCAGGUCCAAUUCAAGGAACCUACUCCUGCCAUUGCCGAGAACACUGAAGUUCUUGAGGCCUUGAUGGAAGCCGAGGAUGCUGUGCCAGCAUGGAAGCAAAAUCCUGUCAAGCGUGUUCAACCUGGCCGAUACGAUGACAAGGAUGAAUCCAUUGCUCUCCCCUUCUUGAAGCGCCCCACUCAAUUGGAUGGAAGUCACGCUGGUGACUUUGGCUUUGAUCCUCUUGGUUUGACCGAACCAGGAACUGGAUUCGACUUGUACGUCAUGCAAGAAAGCGAGCUCCGUCACGGACGUUUGGCCAUGUUGGCUGCCGCUGGAUUUCCCUUGUCUGAGCUUGUAGCUCCUGACUGGAUGCUUCAGGAAAAUGGCUGCGCUCCUUCCGUCUUGAAUGGAUUCAACCCCGUUACAUUCGUGGCAACCGCACUUUUCUUUGCCGCUGCUGGUUUGUUCGAAUUCAAAACGUCUCUUCGACGAGUCGACAACACCCGUCUGGGAAGAAUCCAUAAGGAUGACAUGGAAUUGGUCUGGGAACGAGGUGUCGCUGGAGACUACAACUUUGACCCUCUUGACUUGUACAUGUCUCUUGGAGACAGUGCCGUCGGUCGCAAGGGAAUGCGGGAUGUUGAAGUCAGCCACGGACGCAGUGCAAUGCUGGGAAUCACCGGCAUGGCUGCAUGGGAGGCAUUGACUGGACAUGCCGUCACCGAGAGUUUCAGCAUGUUCUUCACACCAAACCUGCUCCUUCCCGCUUUGGGAGCUGCCUACGUGGUGGCCACCAACCUUUACGAAGUUGAGGAAGAGGUCAGCGACAGAUACUUGAAACUCAAAGUCAGCAGUGAGGGAGAGGCCCGAAUUGAGAACUUCAACCGCGAAAUGGCAAACAUGCAAGAAGCCAACAAGGGAUUGACCGAGUCUCUUGGAGUUGUUGGCGACAAGAUCGCUGACUUGGCUGGAAAGGGCUUUGAACUUGCCAAGGAGAAGUAUGAACAAGUGAACGAGGAAUACACUGAGCAAAUAAUGAAGGAUUUCAAGCAGUAAGCAAGCUUUCAGCAUGCUCUACUUGCGAGGUACUGGAAUGCAUGAUGCAUAUCUGAAUGGAGCGAUGUUGGAACGAACAGCAACACAAGAAUGGUUACAACAGCAAUUGUAAAUAGAAACGCUUAACCAUCAUGAUUCUACUACAAGUCAGCUUUUCGUGGGCUUCGAACGAAAUAGAUAUUCAAUUCGGAAACCACGAAG